CUGCUUGGCUCACCAGAGCGAGGAGAAGAAGACAACUAUACCAGGACAAGCUGCAUAAAGGCGAGAUUUGUGCUUUAAUCGAAGCGCUUUCAAACAUCGUGGCUUACUUUUACGGGAUAAAAGACUUUACGGCUGGCUGUAGGAACCGAAGGACUCCGGGCACCACCUUAUCUUUCUACCGUUUCCCCCGGGACCCCGAGAGGAAGCAGCGCUGGAUAGCUGCUGUGAACAGAGAGGGCUGGGUCCCGAAUGACGGCAGUCGGCUGUGUAGUACUCACUUCAUCUCAGGUAAACAGGUCAAGAAUCCACAUUCACCAGACUAUGUUCCAUCUGUGUUCACAACAGUUCCCUUAUUCCCAGAGAUGAAGGAGCCAGGUGCCUUAGAGGUUCUGGACAAGCAGGAAGCACACGUGGAGGCAGCCAACGCCCUGUUGUUCCUGCAGGGCCAGGGCAGGUCUGUGGUGGGCAAGCGGGGCCAGAAAGAGCAUCCUGAGGAGGGAGAGCAGGAUGCCAUUGUGGAGGAAAGUACAUCCUCUUCCUUCAGCACUGAUGAAGACGACGACGACGAUGAUGAUGAUGAUGAUGAAUCUGUGAGUGACAGCAAGAGAGGAAAGUUUGCUCAGAUGUCUUGUGCACCAGUAAACUUUGACGACAUCCUGAAAGCACUGAAGAAGGAGAAUCAGGCCCUAAGGGAGUCUGUGGAGAAAAUGUCCCUCUCCGAGAACUCCUUGAGGAGCGAUGCAGAGAAAGUGAAGUUUUAUACUGGUUUACCAAACUACUUUGUCUUAGAGACAGUCAUGUGGCUGCUGGCACCUCACAUGGACAGGAUGAAGAAUGUGAAGCUCUCCAAGUUCCAGCAGCUGCUGCUGACACUGAUUCGACUCCGUCUGGACCUCCGCAAUCAAGACCUGGCCUACCGCUUUGGUGUGAAAGUUAGCACAGUAACCAGAACAGUGCACCGGAUGGUCAACAUCAUGUCCUCCACUCUGGUGCCGACUGCUGUCUUCUGGCCCUCUAGAGCUGAGCUUCGGAAAAACCUGCCAGCAGCGCUGCGAACGUCCUACCCGGACUGCGCUGUCAUCGUUGAUUGUUUCACAGUGCCUUUCGAGGAGCCGGCUGCACAGGGCAACCAGCAGCAACAACUGAGCUCUCAGGGUGUGGGGACAAGCUACAAUGUGUUAAAGUAUCUGAUUGGUGUAGCUCCACAAGGCGUUGUCACUUUCGUCUCCAGGGGUGUGCUGGGAAACGUCAGUGACAAGAGUCUGGCUGAGGGGUGUGGGUUUCUGUGCAAGCUUCUCCCAGGUGAUGUGGUAUUGGCGAAUCGUGAUCUCGACAUUGGCGAGUCCGUUGCGGCCCGUGGAGCCCUGUUUAAAAUUGCUGGCAACUACCAAGGAGGAGCUUAUGAGAGCUCAGAGGGCUCACCACUGGCUGACACGUCCUCUGAGACAGUGAGCGUGCAGAGGCAUGUGGAGAGGGUGAUCUCCAUGGUGAAGCAGAGAUACGCUAUGCUCACAGGCCCUGUUGAGAGCCCCUUCACCACAGCCUCUGAGCGCACGUCCAGCCUCUCAACCUUUGAUAAGAUUGUGCAUGUUGCCUGUGCCUUAAACAACCUGUGUAUCUCUGCUGCUCCACUAGAGUGACUCGUACAGAAAGGCCUAGUGCUGUGUCGACACUACAUGAUUACAACUAAAAACUGAUAUCCACUAGGGCUUUGUAUUGGCAAGAAUCUGGCGAUACGAUAUGUAUCAUGAUACAGGGGUUACGAUUCGACAUAUUGUGUGACACUGUAAACAAGGCAAUAUUGCAACAUUUUUUUAAAAUAUAAUUUUAAAAAUAAUAUAAGCAACACACCACCUUAUGCAUAAAAUCUCCCAUAAAAUGUAACUUUUUUUAUGCAGUCAGAAGAGGGAUCAGCAUUUACAUUUGUCACAGUCCCUGUUGCAUUCAACAACAUAGCAUUACAUGGCAUGUGAACUAUUAAUUAAAAACCGAAACUGUGUGUUUGAGAAUUGAUGCAGUAUCACAAAAUGUAAUAACCCGAUACUCGAGUGUAUUGAUAUUUUCUUACACCACUAAUAUUCACCUUGUGUGUGACUCCCUAUUAUCUGUCACUUGGAAAUAUCAGCACUUCUCCUAAAUCCAGAAACAACAUUGCUAAGAUGUGAUGUCGUGAACUUAUGCAACUCGGCUGAUAAAGAAUUUCAGACUUGCAAAGAAUGUUAGUUUUUAUUUAUGUUUUGAGUGACAACCGUGUGAGUAAAAGGUACCUUUAAAUGUGUAAAUACUGAGGUAUAUAAACAGCAGUUUGGUGCAGUGUUCUCACAGUUCCAGUCCUGUGCCAUGCAAGUUGUCCUCAUUCCCAUUGAACACUACUGACUGAUCACUUCCUCCCUCUGCUGCAGAAUGGGGCUUUGUUGAUUAAACCAGAUGUUUUGUCGCUUCCCUGCAUUUAAAUCAAGAACAGUGAGCACAGUAAUGCAGUUUCUCCUGUUCACCAUGCAGUGGUAGAGAUGUUACAUGUUAAUGGCGAUAGGUUUCUGGGUGCAGCCUUUGUUUUUUGGCAUUUUCACAUUUGCCUUCCAGCUUGAUCUUAUAACAAUAGACUAUAGUCACUACAGGAUGAUUAGCUGCCAGUUAGCACAGCGUCAGGUGUUAAUUUAUAUGCUGUGCUCUCUGGCAUUGACACAUCUCCAGGGGUUUUGGACAGUAUCUUUCUGGUUGACCACAUGUCCUCUUUAAUUGGGCUUUGCUGGUAUUGAUUAUUUUAGUUUUUACACAAAGUGCAAUGCUCACUGCAGGUACUUGCAUUUGUAGGUGAUACAAUAACUGAAAUGGACCAGACAAACAGUUUUUAUCCCAGAUCAGCAUGGACUAUAAUACAGCAUUUAUGGAGUGCAUGCUUGUCCACUCAGUGUUUCCAGCCUGGGAUGAUGUCAGUAUUUAUCACAGCACACUUCCAUAAAUGUUCUACUGGUUACAAGUUUGUUGUUGUUGUUGUUUUUUUAAGUACAGUAUUUCUCCAAAAAGGGUUAAUAUUCUUAAUAUUUAAUACAAAGUUUGAUUUAUCUAAAAGCUGUCCUUGGUGCUGGUGAGGAAGGAAAGAUGG